AUGAAAGCGGUCGGCGAGCUCAUGAAGGUUUUCAUAACGAGGCGCAUCCCUCAGGAGGGGAUGAAGAUCCUGACAGCUGCCGGAGUGUGUGAGGUGUCACAGUGGGACUCGGAUGAGCCUGUGCCCAGGACAGAGCUACUCAGAGGGGUCCAGGGAGCUCAAGGGCUGCUUUGUCUGCUAACGGAUAAGAUUGAUGCCGAGGUUCUGGAUGCUGCGGGGCCAAACCUGAAAGUAAUCAGCACCAUGUCUGUGGGGUUUGACCACUUGGCGGUCGAUGAGAUAAAAAAACGAGGCAUUCGUGUUGGGUACACUCCAGAUGUCCUGACCGACGCCACUGCUGAGCUGACCAUGGCCCUUCUGCUGGCCACUGCCCGCAGGAUUCCAGAGGGAGUGGAGGAGGUCAAAAAUGGCGGCUGGAGCUCGUGGAAGCCUCUGUGGCUUUGUGGUCCUGGUCUGUCGGGCAGCACUGUGGGGAUCAUUGGUCUGGGACGCAUUGGGAUGGCCAUAGCUCAGAGACUCAUGCCCUUCGGAGUUAAGAGGCUGCUGUAUUCUGGGAGGACCGCCAAAGCCCACGCUGCGGAGGUGAAUGGAGAGUUUGUCCCCAUGGAAACCCUUGUGUCUGAGAGUGACUUCAUAGUGGUCACCUGCUCGCUCACACCUGAAACCCAGGGUCUGUGCAAUAAAGCCUUCUUCAGCAAAAUGAAAAAAACAGCAGUCUUCAUCAACUCAAGCAGGGGCGCCGUGGUGAACCAGGAGGACCUGUACGAGGCCUUGAGCUCCGGGCAGAUAGCUGCGGCCGGACUGGACGUCACAACCCCUGAGCCUCUCCCGACCAGCCACCCACUCCUCACGCUGAAAAACUGUGUGGUUUUACCGCAUAUUGGCAGCGCCGAGAACUCCACCAGAGGCGUCAUGUCCGCCUUGGCAGCUCGGAACCUUCUGGGAGGUUUGCAGGGCUCAGACAUGCCCAGCGAGCUCAGCUUCUAG